UAAUAUGCUAGAUUUCGCUCUGAAGUUCAGUCGAAGUUUAAAAGUCAUACGAUAUCGUUGAACAUGGAAAAAUCUCUAUUGAUAUUGUUGCUGGUGUGUGCCACAAUUACGCUAGUAAAUUCUCUUGUUUGUCCCAAAGACCCUUGCAAAUUCGUGAAAUGCGAGGACCACGGAGUUUGCGAUGGUCCGAAUCAGGAACUGCGAAAUGGGGGAUUUUGCAACUGCUGCAAAUUAUGUAUUACUUUGUUGGAUGAAGGAGAUCCUUGUUUCAUUUCUCCAAUUCGGGAAGUGGUCCAGACCAAACUCUGUAAGGAGGGUUUGGAAUGUUACCAAAGAAAAUGUAUCAAACGUGACGAGUACAUUAACAUUUUAAGGAACAAGCAUCUUCCCAAUUAAAUAUUUUAAUUGCCGUACGUCAGAUUGGAAAAAUAAGAUACCAAUAACAUUUUGAAUGAGAAAUUACAAGUCGUGGUUCAACUACGAGAUCUAAAAGACAAACCUGGUAUGCCCAAUGGUAAAAAUAUUUGUUUGUUUAAAUAAUUUAUAAUAUAUGUUUA